UUGCGUACCGAAAGGCAACGGAGUCAACUUAAAGUUUUCUUCUCUGGGUUGGGUACGAUGAAGUUUCUGUUUCGAAUGGUAACAAAGUUUAACAAGAAGCCGUCACCAAUGCCCUCUCAUUCAUUUACAAAGAGAGAGAUAGAGACAGAGAGAGAAGUCAAAUGAGAGACAGCUAGGGUAGUUUCUCUUCGGUGAGUUCAGUAAGUGCAGGAACUCCUUUCAAGUCUUAAACCCUAAACUGAAACGAACUCUCACUUCAUAAACCUCUUACAAACCCCAAACACAAAACUGUCAACUUCAACUGAACAGACAUUGGCAGCAUAACACACCCUUUUGAAACCCAACAAAGGGAAGCAACAAAGAUGAAGACUCUGAGUAGGAAACUGCUGCAACAGUUAUCCUCCAAACAAGUAUCUUUCUUUCUUUCUUUUUCCUUGUCUUCCCCAAUCCUACUACCUCAUAUCAUUUUUCCCUUUGUGAUAGGACUCAUGGUUUUAUGAUCAUUGGCUAGAAUUAUCAAACUGAAGGGUAUCAAGUAUUCAAUCAGACAAAAUUUCAUGCCCGGAUGGUGGAAUUCUUGGCUAUUCGUCACCAUGCAUAUUCUACUAAGGCAAUCCCAGAUUUUGGGCAACCAACUCCAGCAUCUCAUCCUCAGUUAAUGAACGAAGGGGAAAUUACACCUGGUAUAACUUCUGAGGAAUACAUCUCAAGACGAAAAAGAUUGUUGGAACUUCUUCCAGAGAAAAGCUUUGCCAUCAUUGCUGCUGCGCCUAUAAAGAUGAUGACUGAUGUUGUGCCAUACACAUUUCGACAAGAUGCAGAUUACUUGUAUCUUACAGGUUGCCAGCAACCUGGUGGAGUGGCAGUAUUAAGUCAAGAGUGUGGUUUAUGCAUGUUCAUGCCGGAAGCAAAAGCUCACGACAUUGUUUGGCAAGGACAAACAGCUGGAGUUGAUGCAGCACUGGAGAUGUUCAAGGCUGAGAAAGCUUAUCCCAUGAGCAAAUUAAAUGAGAUCCUUCCAGGUAUGAUUAAAAGAUCUUGCAAAUUGUUCCACAAUACGUUGACAGCCACACCGACCUAUACAGAUAUGGAGACCUUUCAAAAGGCAGCUCAUGUUGGGAAAGUGAGUGACCUUUCCAUUUUCACCCAUGACUUACGUUGGGUAAAAUCUCCUGCUGAACUUAAGUUAAUGAAAGAAUCUGCAUCAAUUGCUUGUCAGGCUCUUUUGCAGACAAUUUUGCAUUCCAAAACAUAUACUUAUGAGGCCAUGCUAUCAGCAAAGGUUGAAUAUGAAUGCAGAAUGAGAGGUGCCCAGAGAAUGGCAUUUAACCCCGUGGUUGGUGGUGGGCCUAAUGGUAGUGUAAUACAUUAUUCUCGAAAUGAUCAGAAAAUUAAAGGUGGGAAUCUUGUUCUGAUGGAUGUUGGAUGUGAGCUGCAUGGUUAUUGCAGUGAUCUUACUCGUACCUGGCCACCCUGUGGAAGCUUUUCUUCUGUACAAGAAGAGGUUUAUGAUCUCAUACUACAAACAAACAAGGAAUGUAUAAGGCUUUGCAAACCUGGUGCUAGCAUUCGUCAAAUACACAACUAUUCGGUUGAACUGCUUUUCAAAGGACUGAAGGAAAUUGGGAUUUUGAAAAGGGAUCAAUUUAGAUCCUAUCACCAAUUGAACCCAACUUCAAUAGGUCACUAUCUAGGAAUGGAUGUCCAUGAUAGUUCCAUGAUCAGCUAUGACCGUCCUUUGAAGCCAGGAGUAGUGAUUACCAUUGAACCAGGAAUCUAUCUCCCAUCGAGUUUUGAUGGUCCAGAGAGGUACCAGGGCAUUGGAAUAAGGAUUGAAGAUGAGGUUCUGAUUAUGGAAACGGGUUGUGAGGUUCUUACUGGAUCAAUGCCAAAAGAGAUCAAACACAUUGAAUCCUUGCUGAACAAUUACAGUCAUGGAAUGGAAAUGGAGGGCCAUAACAACAUAAAAGCUGCAACCAGUUGAUGGUGUCUUGACAUUUGUCAGGACCUUCUGGCAGUGGAAAUCAUUUCUGAUGCCUAUUCGGACUCAAAGGAGAUACAAUUUCCAGUUCUGCGCAAGUUUCCAGAUUUCCUGCUAAAAUGGCCUGUCAUGUGGCCACUAUGUAUACCCUUACCCUUUUCUAUCAGGAUCCUCCAUGUUUCUCCUUGUUUUGUUCCAUGUCGCCAGUAAGAGAGAGCUAUCACCCGAUUCUUUUCACCUUUAGGCCUGCAAGUUUGUAAAGACCUAUUUAAUUGUUUUACAUUGAUAAUCAAUAAAUUUACCAUUAAUCAGGGGGGAAAUUAGUUCCUUA